AUGGCGAGCGAUCGCAAAGCUGCGAAGGACAACUCGCUGGAUGAGGGAGACUUGGACGGCGAUGACGAGGCUCCAGCCAUAGGCGACCUCUCAGAGACCUUGAAGCAGGUGAAAGAUGAGACAGAGACCGAGCUGGCUGCCACGCAAGUGGCGGAGGAGAAGUCGCGGAAAAACUUCGCGGAGCUCACGAAGACGCUGGAGGAGGAGGUGGCAACACGUCAGGCGGCGGUGGAUGAGGUCAAGGCAGCUAUCUCCACAUCUGAAGAGGCGGCGGGCAAAGCCAAGAGCGACUUGCUCUCCGUGAACAG